CGUCGCACGCCCCGCUGUUUCGCUCUCCUUAUGGAGGACUGUCUAGCUGGAGAGCUGGAGGGGUGGCCACAAAGGUUACUCCGCGGCGGCUGGACCCUUCGUACCUCCGCCGGCCGCCGGCCCGGGAGAAGCCAGUGGGAUCUUCCUCCCGGGAAGCGGCCUCUCCCGACCCCGUCCAGCCUGUGCCUCCGGCAGUCACCGCCAAAAUCUACCCCUGGCGGAAACCAGCUGUCCCCUGGAAAUGCUACAGGGCGCCCGACGAACAGUCCUUAACUUUCCUUCUGCGUUUUUAGGCGGAAAUAGGACGCAGAGGAUCGGGUUCCCGUUUUGCUGCCUAAUUUGGAGGCUCCAGUUUCCGCCGCUGCUUCUCUUGGGCGUCGCUUGCCACGCCGUUGUUGGUUCUUUAUGGAGACCUAGCUUGCAAGGAAAUGCCAACCUUUCGCAUCUUUCCAGGAACAGGUCAAACCCCGAGCAGAGCUAUUGUGAAAGAGGAGCUAGAUUAGCUUCGUUUCUCGACUUCUAGACUCUCUCCUCUGAAAACCUCAUAGAUAUAUCGUGGUCUAGUUUGGCGGUCUUGCUCACAUCUGGAUAUGUGAGUCCCGCGCGUGCGUGUACUGAGUUGUGUGUUUCCUAUUUGAUAAUGUUGAAGCUACUUGUAACCACCCAGGGGAUACUGGAGAAUGGACAAGACUAAUACCCGAGAAAGCUGUGUUGCCAACUGAUCCUGUUAAAGAAAAUAAUGUGCAUAAAGUGAAAAACUGUUUUUUCAAUUGCCUUCUCUACUCCUUUCCAAUCAAGAGUACGUCUUGUAGCAGUUUCAAAGGAAGUGCUGGAAGAUAUUUUGGACCUUGAUUUAUCUGUCUCAGAAACAGAUGAUUUUAUCCAGCUUGUAAGUGGUAGAAAGAUAGUAUUUGGAUCCACUCCAUUGGCUCACAGAUAUGGCGGCCACCAGAAGUAAAGCAAGAUGUUGAAGCAAGUUCAAGGUGUGGAAUCUGACUGAUCUAAAAAAAAAAGGAGGAAUCAGAACCGAUUGUUGAAAUUGCUGUGACUUGCUUGCAAGGUGAAAAAUGGGAGCUCCAGUUAAAAGGCUCAGGAAAGACCCCAUACUCCUGAAAUGGCAACAGCAGAGCUGUCCUUCGUUCCUCUGUAAGAGAAUUUCUGUGUAGUGAGGCUCUGCAUUAUCUCGGAAUUCCCACCAGCAGAGCUGCAAGGUGCAGUAAUGCUGUGUGUUGCAAAAUCCUGGUUUAGAAUUGGAUCGUUAGAAAUUUUGACUCAUUAUGGUGAACUGGAUUUACUAAGGAUGUUAUUAGACUUCAUCAUACAGGAGUACUUCCCCUUAGUAGAUGGUGUUUGUAAUACUGAUAACUUCAGUUUGCUAUCCAUUACAAUUGACUAUGGUCCAUUUGGUUUUAUGGAGGCCUAUAAUCCAAAUUUUGUACCAAACACAUCUGCUGAUGAAAGAAGAUAUAAAAUAGGAAAUCAGGCCAAUAUUGGGAUGUUUAAUUUAAACAAGUUGUUACAAGCGCUAAACCCAUUAUUGAAUCCUAGGCAAAAGCAGCUUGCCACUCAGAUUCUUAAGGAGUAUCCCGUUCUUUAUUAUACAAGAUUUAGUGAACUGUUCAAAGCCAGAUUGGGAUUACUUGGGAAAAGCGAGGGUGAUGAUGAUUUAAUUGCAUUUCUCUUAUAUCUCAUGGAAAAGACAGAAGCUGACUUUACAAUGACAUUUCGGCAGCUCAGUGAGAUCACUCAAAGCCAAUUACAGGAACUAGUCAUUCCUCAGGAAUUCUGGGCACUGAAAAUGAUCUCAAAGCACAAACUCUUUCCUGCCUGGGUGUCCCAGUACCUUUCGAGACUGAAGAGCAUUUCCUUCUAACUCCCGGGAAGUCUGCUCUGGAUGAGGUGUGUAUGCUUACAUCUCACCCACAGGUGACAUCUCACCCUUCUGUUCACCUCAGCUCUGAUAGCACAGCCCAAGGACCCCACCCUCCACCCCCCAAAGCCUUGAAGCUCUGGAGAGAGUGCGCGCCCUGGGCUUUCAUCCAGUGUCUGUUAACUGUCCUCACAUCUUACACGAUUGUCAGAAGUUACUCUGCUUCAUAACCGUCACAGUGAAUCUGAAGCGACAAACAUGAAAGAGUAUGAAGUUGUAGGUAGGACACGAAAGAGUUAAAGAGGGAGACCACAGCAUGCACAGGAGCAAACAGCCUUUCACAGUUUAAUGACAGCCGAGGGUUUUCAUAAAGCUGGCCGAGUAACGAAGAACAAGUUAUUUUCAGAAAACUGUGUUUAAGAUAAAAAUAGGUGCCAGGGAGUUUAAAUUUUUUAAGACAAAAUUAUUUAAUUGGUAAAAAUAAAAGUUUUGGGCUUAUCUCAAAUAACUAAAUGGGCUUCCCUGGUGGCUCACAGAGUAAAAGAUGUGUGGGCAAUGCGGGAGUCCUAGGUUCAAUCCCUGGGUUGGGAAGAUUCCCUGGA